AUGAAUUCAACAGCACAGUGUCCAUCGUGUUUCUAUGGAUCAAUCUGUCAGUUUACUACGCUGUAUUCUGGUAUUUCGAUGGAGACUUUCUUAGAUAUGCCUUUUCUAUCCAAAGAGAUUGCGUUUGGCGGUAUCGCUGUUAUGCUUGCUUUUGGAACGAUAUGUAACAUUUUAUCGAUCGCUACAUUUUGUCAAGCAUCGAAAGGACGAGGAAACCGGAUCUAUCGAUUAUGGGUGACAAUUGUUGGACAAUGUGGAACAAUCGUAUUUGCUCUUCGAUUAUUUCUUAUCAUCAGCAGACAAAGCAGCGGAAUUCUUGAUUGUUUUCUUCUCGAGUAUCUCAUAUCUGUCAUUCCAGUUCUAUAUUAUUCGUUAACAGCAUGUGUAUUUAUCGAGCAAACCGUUGUCGCACAUAAACAUUUACAUUUCGAUAAAGAAAGCAGUCGACAUACAGCCAGUUUAGUGAUUCCCGUAUUAAUUAUCUAUCAUCUGAUUGUCAAUCUUUAUAUACCAUUUCAAUAUCAAUUACUUCGUGACCCGUACAAACCAACUCGUUCUUGGUGUAGUUCGGAUCAUCAGAAUUAUUCACUCACUAGGUUUGUUACGAUAAUCAAUACCAUGCAUCUCAUCUUACCUUUCAUUCUCAAUUUGACUUCACCGAUCGUCAUGAUCAUGAUUCUUACUAAAGAUAAACUAGAUUCGAAACAAAAUCGAAGAUUUUGGUCUAGUCUCAAAGAUGUUUUAAACACUUACAAAGGCAACAUCGCCAUUCCUUACGUUCUCACCAUCUUAACGAUUCCUUAUCUUGUCGUUAACUUUCGUCUUAAUUGCAUUACACAAUCCUGGCAAAACGCAAUCUAUUUAAUUGCAUAUUUUAUCUACUUGAUACCAUUGCCAACGUCUCUUUUUCUUUUCAUCCUUCCAUCGCCGACAUUCACCGAAGAACUCUGCAAAAUCUAUCAACGUACAAUCGUUUAUGUCCGUUUGAGACAAUAUUAA